UGUUGGUCACUCUUUUUGUCAAACAAGGAAUUAUCACCACAAGUCCUCAACAUCUCCCCUCGUCCGUCCUUUUUAUAAGAAAAAAAAAGAAUUGUCGCUGCAGCCCUCUCCUGACGCUGCAUCUCGUUGCUCUUGGUAAUCCCCUUGUUCGCUAUCAGACCACUCUGUUGAUCAUGGAUAAAGGUUGGAUGCAUGAACGGAAGUUCUCUAAAAAAUAUAUUGAGGGUGUUCAAUCUUUUAUGCAACUCGUUCGGUCAAACUUUGAUCGAAAUUCUAAAGUUCGAUGUCCAUGCCAAGACUGUUUAAAUAUAGAUUUUCAAACACAAGAUGUAGUGUAUGACCACUUGUUGAUAAAAGGAAUUACGGGAAGUUACGUGCAAUGGAUAUACCAUGGGGAACAAUCACAAAGGAGAGAUAAAGAUGAAGCAAUUUACAACGAAGACGAAGAUGAAGACGAAGACGAAGACGAAGAUGAAGAUGAAGAACAUGACAACAAUGAUGGAAUUAACGCUACGUUAGAAGAUGCCAGUGGAAGAUCAUUUACCAAUUUUUCGGAGGAGACAACAACUGGUAAUAAUAUAUAUGGUAAUAUGAGUGAGAAGGAAGCCAAAAAGGUUGACAAAUUGUUGGAAGAAGCUGAACAUGAAUUAUACCCGGGAUGUCAGAAAUUCUCAAAGCUUUCAUUCCUUGUGAAGUUGCUACACUUGAAAGUGUACAAUCAUUGGAGUAAUAAGUCAUUUGAUAUGUUGCUAGAGUUACUACGGGAGGAACUGCCAAAUGGUGAGACACUUCCUAAGUCAUAUUAUGAUGCUAGAAACCAGCUGCAAGGUUUGGGAUUAGGAUACAUUUCUAUCCAUGCUUGCAAAUAUGUCUCUUCAGCAUUGAUUGAGUUAGGCGAUUUCUUUCAACGAUUAUGUUGCAAGACUUUGAGAAAAGAUGACUUAGAACAACUAGAAGAGGACAUAAUUUUAAUAUUGUGUAAGCUUGAGAUGAUCUUUCCACCUGCUUUCUUUGAUGUUAUGGUACAUUUGGCUGUGCAUUUACCACGAGAGGCUAUGUAUGGGGGACCAGUACAAUAUCGUUGGAUGUACAAAAUUGAAAGAUUUUUGUGCAAGCUUAAGCGUUAUGUGCGAAACAAGGCACGACCAGAAGGUUCUAUUGCAGAAGGCUAUCUUAUUAAUGAAUGUUUGACAUUUUGCUCUAUGUAUCUUACUGGCAUCGAAACUAGAUUUAAUCGUGAAGAUCGAAAUGAUAAUGGAUCUAGUAACAAAGAUGAAGUUGUUCUGGACAUAUUCUCAAAGAGUGUUAGACCAUUUGGAGAUGGAAACUAUGAUAUCAUACCAAAGAAUGAUUUCGAUAUGGCUCGGUGGUAUGUGUUGAAUAAUUGCGAAGAAGUAGAACCUUUUCUUCGGGAGCAUAAAGAAGAGUUGAUUAAGCAAGUUGUUGUGAAUAUAAAAGAGAAACAUAGAGAACAAUUUCCUUUAUGGUUCAAAAGGAAAAUUAUGCAAUUAUAUAAUAAGGAAAAGUCUGUGUCUAUCAAUCAGUUAUAUCCUUUGGCAAUAGGACCUGAUGUACGUGGAAGAACAUAUAAUGGGUGUACUGUAAAUGGUGUUAGGUACCAUAUUCAAAGACGCGAUGAACUACGUAAAAGUCAAAAUUGCGGUCUAGUUGUUGAAGGCUAUCACGAAAAUGAGGUGAUUGAUUUUUAUGGUAUUAUAACUGACAUGAUUGAGUUAGAGUAUCUUAAUGGCAAUCCAGUUCUGCUAUUUAAAUGCAAGUGGUUUGAUCUUCGCAAGAAGACAGGGAUGCAAAAAGAUAAAAAUCUUACGAGCAUCAAUGUUAAUAGAUUUUGGUAUGAACAUGAUUCUUUUGUACUAGCUACUCAAGCAAGGCAAGUAUUUUAUAUUGAUGAUCCGAAAUUGGGAGAAAAUUGGCGAAUUGUCCUAAAAUUUCAAGAUAGACACUUAUAUGAUGUGCCAGAGAUGCAAAAUUCAGAGACAGGAAAUGGCGAAACAAAUGAUGAAGUAUAUCAAGAUGUUUCACUUGAAAGUAAUUCAAUUGUCAAUGAUACGGAUAAUAUGUUGAGUCAACUACAUAGAGAUGAUGUUGAUUCGGUUACCCUAGAUGCAUAUGUAAUUGAAUUGGAGGCUCAAACAGAACAUGAAGUUGGUUAUGACGAAGAAAAUUCUGACGAAGAGGAUGACACAAUGGUAGAGUACAUCAGUGAUCAUGAGGAGAAUGAGGGGAAUGAAGGUAAUAAUAGUACUAAUGACGAUGAAGUCGAUAUCACAGAUGAUGAUGACGACGAUAUUGGUUUUUAUGAUGUAACCUCAUAAUAGUAAGGUCAGUAACCUGCUGGGUGUGCAUCUUUUUUUAAUAUAUUAUGUUGGAGAUAGGGAGAAUGAGAGGUUUUAAAUAAUUAGGCCAUUUAUAGAUGUCUUGAGGAAAUAUAUGCCUGUGUAGGUCUCUCUGUCCUCUGUUUAUUUAACUUUAUUAAAUUUC